AUGGUCAACUCCUGUUGUGGCUCCAUCUGCUCUGAGCAGGGCUGUGGCCAAGGCUGCUGCCAGCCCAGCUGCUGCAGGACCACCUGCUGCCGCCCCAGCUGCUGUGUGUCCAGCUGCUGCAGGCCCUGCUGCCAGUCUGUGUGCUGCCAGCCCUCCUGGCGCCCCAGUUGCUGUGUGUCCAGCUGCUGCAGGCCCUGCUGCCAGUCUGUGUGCUGCCAGCCCUCCUGGCGCCUGUGUGGCUGCCGCCCUAGCUGCUGUGUGUCCAGCUGCUGCAGGCCUUGCUGCCAGUCUGUGUGCUGCCAGCCCUGCUGCCACCCAAGCUGCUGCAGUGGUUCUUGCUGUUGA